CGAGCGCUCCGGGAAUCAGCUGGCGGGCGGGCAGGCGCCGGACGCGGCCGGGGCUCUGGCUGCAGCGCCGCCUCCUCUCAGCGUCGCAGGCCGGCACGGCGGCCGUGACAAUGUUGCGGGGCUGGUAGCUGGGCGCCGGCCGCCGAGCCAUCUCAAGUUUAAACUUACGCGAAUCGCUCUCUGGAGGAGGAGGAGGAGACCCGCCGCGCGAUUGACACGCAUAUUCCUAUAGGCAUCCUCCUUCAGCCCCCACCCCCACGGCCGGAUUCGGGUGGCUCCUCUCGGAGCUGAAAUCAGAGAAGAAAUCCUUAGAUCUCUUUAAAAAAAAAAAAAAAUCUAGAAACCAUCGGUAUUUUGCUUUCCUGCUUCCUAUUUGCAAGAUGAAGAAGUUUUUCGACUCCCGGCGAGAGCAGGGCGGCUCUGGCCUGGGCUCUGGCUCCAGUGGAGGAGGGGGCAGCACCUCGGGCCUGGGCAGUGGCUACAUCGGGAGGGUCUUUGGCAUCGGUCGACAGCAGGUCACAGUGGACGAGGUGUUGGCCGAAGGUGGAUUUGCUAUCGUUUUUCUGGUGAGGACAAGCAAUGGGAUGAAAUGUGCCUUGAAACGCAUGUUUGUCAACAAUGAGCAUGAUCUCCAGGUGUGCAAGAGGGAAAUCCAGAUAAUGAGGGACUUGUCAGGGCACAAGAACAUUGUGGGUUACAUUGAUUCUAGUAUCAACAAUGUGAGUAGCGGCGAUGUAUGGGAAGUUCUCAUUCUGAUGGACUUUUGUAGAGGAGGCCAGGUGGUAAACCUGAUGAACCAGCGCCUGCAAACAGGCUUUACAGAGAAUGAAGUGCUGCAGAUAUUCUGUGAUACCUGUGAAGCUGUUGCCCGCCUGCAUCAAUGCAAAACGCCUAUUAUCCAUCGUGACCUAAAGGUUGAAAAUAUCCUCUUGCAUGACCGAGGCCACUAUGUCCUGUGUGACUUUGGCAGUGCCACCAACAAAUUCCAGAAUCCACAAACUGAAGGAGUUAAUGCAGUGGAAGAUGAGAUUAAGAAAUACACAACGCUGUCCUAUCGAGCACCAGAAAUGGUCAACUUGUACAGUGGCAAAAUCAUCACUACGAAGGCAGACAUUUGGGCCCUGGGAUGUUUGUUGUAUAAAUUAUGCUACUUCACUUUGCCAUUUGGGGAGAGUCAGGUGGCAAUUUGUGAUGGAAACUUCACAAUUCCUGAUAACUCUCGAUAUUCUCAAGACAUGCACUGCCUUAUUAGGUAUAUGUUGGAACCAGACCCUGACAAAAGGCCGGAUAUUUACCAAGUUUCCUACUUCUCAUUCAAACUUCUCAAGAAAGAAUGCCCAGUUCCAAAUGUACAGAAUUCUCCUAUUCCUGCAAAACUUCCCGAACCAGUGAAAGCCAGUGAGGCAGCUGCAAAAAAGACCCAGCCAAAAGCCAGACUGACAGAUCCCAUUCCUACCACAGAAACUUCAAUUGCGCCCCGCCAGAGGCCUAAAGCUGGGCAGACUCAGCCAAAUCCAGGAAUCCUUCCCAUCCAGCCAGCUCUGACACCUCGGAAGAGGGCCACAGUUCAGCCCCCACCUCAGGCUGCAGGACCCAGCAAUCAAACUGGGCUUUUGACCAGUGUUCCUCAACCAAAAGCCCAAGCCCCACCCAGCCAGCCUCUGCCUCAGUCUCAGCCCAAGCAGCCACAGGCUCCAUCCACCCCACAGCAGCCGCCUUCCACCCCAGCCCAGGGUCUGACAACAUCUCAGGCCCAGGCCACACCCCAGCACCAACAGCAGCUCUUCCUCAAGCAGCAGCCACAGCAGCAGCCACAGCCACAGCCACAGCAGCCACAGCAGCAGCCACAGCAGCCAUCAGGCACAUUUUACCAGCAGCAGCAGGCCCAGGCUCAGCAGUUUCAGGCAGUACAUUCAGGAACCCAGCAACCAGCCAUUGCCCAGUUCCCUGUGGUGUCCCAGGGAGGCACUCAACAGCAGCUGAUGCAGAACUUCUACCAGCAGCAGCAGCAGCAGCAGCAGCAGCAGCAGCAACAACAACAACAGCAACAACAGUUGGCCACAGCUUUACAUCAGCAACAGCUGAUGACUCAGCAGGCAGCUCUGCAGCAAAAGAGCCUGGCAGCAGCAGGACCACAGCCCCAGGCCCAACCUGCCUCUGUCCCCCAGCCAACAACUGCUCAGGAGCCCGCACUUCAAGCCCCAGUAAGACAACAGCCAAAGGUUCAAACAACCCCACCUCCUACCAUCCAGGGACAGAAACUUGGAUCUCUGACUCCUCCAUCAUCCCCCAAAACCCAACGAGCUGGGCACAGGCGGAUUCUCAGUGACGUCACCCACAGUGCUGUGUUUGGGGUCCCUGCCAGCAAAUCCACUCAGCUGCUCCAAGCAGCUGCAGCUGAGGCCAGUCUCAAUAAAUCCAAGUCUGCAACCACCACUCCAUCAGGAUCUCCUCGCACCUCCCAACAAAAUGUCUAUAAUCCUUCAGAAGGUUCUACRUGGAAUCCCUUUGAUGAUGACAAUUUCUCCAAACUUACAGCUGAGGAACUGCUGAACAAGGACUUUGCCAAGCUGGGGGAAGGCAAACAUCCUGAAAAGCUUGGCGGCUCAGCUGAGAGUUUGAUCCCAGGUUUCCAGUCAACCCAAGGUGAUGCUUUUGCUGCUUCCUCAUUCUCUGCUGGAACUGCUGAGAAAAGGAAGGGUGGGCAAACUGUGGAUUCUGCUGUCCCACUUCUAAGCGUUUCUGAUCCUUUCAUUCCUCUUCAGGUACCUGAUGCACCAGAAAAACUAAUUGAGGGACUCAAAUCUCCUGACACGUCUCUUCUGCUCCCUGAACUCUUGCCUAUGGCAGAUCCUUUUGGUAGCACUUCUGAUGCUGUAAUUGAAAAAGCUGAUGUUGCCGUUGAGAGUCUCAUACCAGGACUGGAACCCCCAGUUGCCCAGCGCCUCCCAUCUCAGACGGAGUCUGUGACCUCAAACCGCACAGCUGCAGAAGAUAGUAAUCUCAUCUCAGGUUUUGAUGUCCCUGAGGGCUCGGAAAAGGUGGCAGAAGAUGAGUUUGACCCUAUUCCUGUAUUGAUAACCAAAAACCCACAAGGUCUCCAGAGAGAGCCCAAUCCCUGUCCUGUAAUUACUGUAGAGCACUUUAAAGAAUCAGCGGGCAUUGAAGGCCUUCCCCUGUAUCCAGACCCCUCCAGAGUACCUGGCACAAAGACUCAGAACAACUUAGAAUCUGACUAUUUAGCCAGAGAUGGCCCUUCAAGCAAUAGCUCUUUCCACAGCAGUGAAGAGGAGGGGACUGACCUGGAGGGAGACAUGCUAGACUGCAGUGGGUCUCGACCUCUCCUUAUGGAGUCUGAAGAGGAGGAUGAAAGCUGCAAGCCGUCCCAGGGGAAGCCAGGAGGAGCCGUUGCAUUUGCUUCACCUGAAAUCUCUGCUGAGCAAGCAAAAGCAAUGCAAAGUGGAAGAAAGAACCAGUUCCAAACCCUUACGCAGCCAGCCACCGAUGGUUUUAGUGAGCCAGAUGUCUUCGCCACAGCCCCCUUCAGGAGCUCAAGAGUCCUAGCUGAUGACAUGGACAUUUUCUCCAAAGCGCCAUUUGUCUCCAAAGGCAGUGUGGCUCCUUCCCAGCCAGAGGAGGUGGAUGUGUUCUUGAGAGCUCCUUUUACCAAGAAGAAAAGCAUGGAGGAGUUACCAGUUAUCCAGAGCUCCUCUCAGGAACCACCUGCACAGACCAGUCUCCUCAGCCAGACAGGUGAUGUCCCUCUGCUCUCAGGCCUUGAAAGAGCAGUGUACAGCUCUGUCCAAMCUCAGUAUUCCAUAGCUGGUUUUGUGCAACAGUCUAACCACCCCUCCCAUUCUGUCCAAGCAGUAGACCAUCUUGACAGCAUCUCUCCCAGGGGAACCUCCCUGGAAUCUGGGGGCCAGCCCAAUGACAGAAGCAAAGGACCUCUGCCCCAGAAAGAAGCUGUCUCAGGCCCUAUGGCUGGCAAACCAUUCCGCCCCCAGUCUUUAUCCAAAUAUUCCCGUCACUAUAGCCCAGAAGAUGAGCCAAGCCCAGAAGCCCAGCCAAUUGCUGCGUACAAAAUUGUUUCCCAAACCAACAAGCAGUCAAUAGCAGGCUCUGUUUCCAUCACAUCCCUUUCCUCCAGGACUACGGAACUACCAGCUGCUGAUCCUUUUGCUUUAGCACCCUUUCCUUCAAAAGCAGGCAAGCAAAAACCUUAGGAGCAGUACCUGAGCCUAGGCCUCCGCCUCCACCCCACCCCAUAAAUAUCACCACACCACUCCCAGCUGAGCCUUUUCAAGAAGAAAUAGUAUCAGUUAUUUCCAUCCCCUGCAUCAGAGCAGAGUCUCUUCAACUCAACAAACUCAGUUGUAGUGACACUUGGUUGAAGCCCUUCUAAGUUAUGCUUUAUUUUGUUUUUAUUGAUUUCUAGACUUUCACACACUUCAAUUUCCUUCCUAGAGGCCUUCCACUUCCACCCAGAACUCUGCUUCUCCCUCCAUCCCUGCAAAACUGUUUUAAUCCAGGAAUAUUUUACCCCAACCCCAGGGGCCAUAUUAUUACUAGUAUUAAUUCUUGUAACUCCUCUUCUGAGUCAUGUCCAUUGAAGAGUCAAGAUUAAUCCCUCCAGGACUUAAUACUCUUGGAAAAGGGAGAUUUCUAGAAAAGAGCAAUAUAAAAAUCCUGCAUGUCAAGAGGAAGUAUAAUCUUGCAGCUACUAAUCAUUCCUGUAGAACCAGCAGCUCUUGAAGGAUUCUGUGGAUCUGUUUCUGAGUCUGUGUUCAAGCCAGGAUGGCCCUCACGUGUGUCUGUGGGUGUGUGAUGUGCAUCAGAUCCUCUCCUAUGUAGAAAUGCAUGCAGAUGGGAAAACUGUGCUCAUUCUAAUCAUGUGAGCAGGGCCUUCCCACACUUUUUAAAUUGGUAUGGAUGCACAGGCGCGUGUGUGAGUGUGUGUGUGCACGCACACACAUGCACAAGCACCAGAAACAUUUUUCCUCUAGGUUAAUCCUAUCCCACCAUGCCUACCUCCACAAUCAGAUCACUCUUACUCCCAUUUGCCUGCUGACCUAACCAACUUGAACCCUGUUUUUAUUUAGUUGUGUUUUUUUUUUUUGUUUUUUUUAAUCAUGGCAAAAUUGUAUCCAUUGGAAGAUGUAGGGAAAUCUUGCUGGAACUGAGGUUCAGAGUGGAUUGUUUUUUCUCCAGAAUUUGCUCUGUGCUUUUAACAAAUUUCCUUUACCUGGUUGUGAAAAUUUAAUUUUUUAAGUAUAUGUUUUCCCCUCACAACAGUAGAAAGGAGUGCCUUGUUACAAUUCCAGCCACUGGGUAGCUUGGACUCAGUGCUGUCAUUAUGGAAUUCAUUAAUCUCUAGACUAGGAUGCAAAAUUAGUUUGCUUGUUUCCCCUUCUCCCACAAAUCCUUAUCUCUCUCCACUACCUCUUGAGGAAAUAUGAACCUGGGACAUGUAAAUAAAUUUGGGAGAAUGAAAAUGCUGAAUUAGCUAGCCAUGAAAACUAAAUUCUCUAUUCUCUUUAGAUGUUAAAGUAGGGCAGACAGGUUACUGGAUUGUGUUUUUGGAAGUAUCUUUUAUUUCUGGAAAGAUCUGACUCAUUCUUAGCUUUUUUCAUACCAUUUAUUUUUAGUGCCUUAAAACCUUUGUCUCAAUGGGAAGAUUUCUGCUGAGGAAGCCCAAUUUAAUGGAAAGAGUCUCUGCAUCAGUUUCAACCUGAGAGCUUCCUAAAACUUCUAGUAAAUGUUAGUGAUUUCUCCACUACUGGAGAAACUUGGCAAGAGUUGUGUACCAACCUAGAUUAGUGAUUUACAAAUUAUUGGAAGUUCAUUCAAGAAUCAAGCCUAAAUGCCAAGUUCUACUGCGGUUGAUUAUGUGUGCUAUUCUUUCAAGGAGGUGAAGGUGUAUACCUCGGUGGUAGAACAUGUACUUAGUAUGCCAAAACCCCAAGUUUGAUCCACAUCAUGAAAAAAUUAAAAUUCAAAAUCUUGAUAAUAAAAUAAGAACAACUCCUUUAAAACACUUUUUGUUUUCUUAGUCUCCACCUAUUUCAAAUAUCCACGUUAAAAGAGAAAUAAUUGGCACUGUGUUAGGGCUACUAGCGAUGAUUUUUCGACUGAGGUCUUAACUGUGGCCAGAAACCUGUCUUUCAUCUUAAUGGAUGUUCAGUGUUCAGUUUUAAGAAUUUGCCUUCUCACAAUUAUUUCUGUCCCUCCCCCAAUGUAACAAUGUGUGCAAAAUUGUAUUUCCAUUGAAUAGCUUUGGUUAAUGCACAUGGAACUUUGCACCACAAACUUUUCCUCUGGUAGUUAUCAAGUGAAGCCCUCAAAGGCAUGAGCUAGGAGAAUAGGAAUAUUCAGAGAGUUCUCAUCUGAAAAAAACCUACUUGCCUGGCAUAGUGGUGUGCACCUCAAGUCUCAGCUACUGGGGAGUUUGAGGCAGGAAGAUUGCUUGAGCCCAAGAGUUCAAAGCCAGCCUGGGCAACAUAGAGAGACCUGUCUUUAUUUUUAAAAAAGAAAGAAAAAAAGAAGAGGGGGAAAAAAAGACAACUCUUUAAAGUUAGAGGUCAUUCUAACUCAUUCUUCCAAAUAUUCAGGAUUACCUCAGCCCUACAAAUGUUAUUCCUUUGUUUAUUUGAUCACUUCCUCCUAAUCAAGUGGCCAUUUUAAUUCUCAAGGUACAAAUCAGAAUAAAAUCAUGGUAAUUUUAUUAUGUAGUUGAAUUGCUUUUUGAAGGAUAGAUUUGCUCUUUUUCAUGUUUGCUGUAGACCCACAUGGGUGGAAACUACAUGCCUUCUUCAAAUAGGAAAAUUAAUGUAACCACAUGCAAAUUACUUUUUUCUUAUUCAUUGAUGCAUGAAGAAAUUUUGACUUGUGGAUUACAUUAAUUACAAGUUAAUAAUUGGUGGAUUCUGAAUACUAUGGUAGGAUUUUAUUCACUUUUCACUGGUUACUUUUGGAUAGUGAAGAGUAAAUGCAUCAAAGAUUAAGUGGCCUUGCCAGAGGCCAUCCUAUAUCUGGAAAUCUGGAAAAAUACCCUUUUUAAGGGAAAUCAGGAGUGUUCAGUGUGUUAUGAAUUAGUAGCAAAUGCAUGUUUCCAAUAACUAGACUGCAGCAAUUUAAUAUUAAAGAGGAAAAAGAAAAUAUAUAGUCAACAAAGUACUGCACUUUCUUGUUUUAGUUUGUGUUGUAUGUUGUUUGCAUUACACAUUUKAUAUAGGAAUUGUUGACCUUUCAUUGCAGUGAAAAACAAUGAACCAGGACAUUUUUAGACAAUGCAUUAAGCCACAACAUGUAUUGAUGACCUCUUAAAGAACACCUGUUAAUUGACUAGCAGGCACUAUUGAAUUACUGAAGUUUUACUUCACCAGUUUCUUGGGCUUGACAGCCUUUAGCUCCAAACCUCAUGGUUAGAUUGGAAAAUGAAGUGAACAGAAUUUUAUGCUGAAGCAGAUGCUCAGCAAGACCUAAGGAAAUGUAGGUCAUAAACCCUGUUUUGGUUUGGGCUCAUUAUCAAGUUGAAAACCUCAUGUGCAGACUAGUAUGUAUGUGUUUACUGGCCGGUGUUGUAUCCGAGUUCUGGCAACCAAUAUCUCUUUUUCUCAACUUUCAAGAAGGAUACUAAUGCUUUUCUGGCCCAUUAUUUAUUUAGUACAUUUUAGAAUAUAUGCAUGUCUGUGUUUUCAACUGCUUGUUGGACAUUUUGCUGGUGCWUAAAGAAAGCACAUUUAAGUAUAAUCACCAGAGUAAUGUGAUGAUAGGAAUUCUGUAUUUUUUCCUUAAGCAAUAAAAACAUAUCAAAUUACAUAAUAUGUAUGCAUUAUAUCAAAUAGGAAAUUUUAUUAUAGGAAAUUAGAGAAGGGUGAGACCCAAAGUUCUCCUAAGCAGGAAAGAAACAACUUAACACUUAAAAUAUAAUAAAAAAGUAUCUGGUUGGAAAUUGUUUUUGUUCUGUCCCUGGAAAUCUUCCUGGCUCACCUAUCUUGUUCUUAUUCCCACUUCAUUUCUUCAAUUGACAUUCCCCUGUUUUAACCAUGUGAAUAAGCGGAUGAUGAGAGAUGUGGUUGAAUGACCAUGUUAACAUUUAGUUGCUUCCCUUGUAACUACUAUAAAUAGUUUUGUAAGUUUCAGCCCAGCCUGUGAGAUUGUCACCAAUAACAAUGAAAUGACUGACCUUCCCCAUUUCUCUUAGACUAUAAGGAGAGUUGGCAGGACUCCAGCCUUAUUCUGUAGAGAUACGACCUUGAUCUCUACCUUGAUCUUUUGUGGCCCACAAUGCUUCAGAAUGCAGGGACCAGUUUAUGUGUGAAAGGACUCCAGAACAGCUGGCAGAAGUGGUUAAAUGUUAACUAUAUGUGGCUUAGUCCAAUAUUCUUAUAACCAACCCAGCAGUCUCUGUGUGACACAGUUUUGAGUUUAUAGUAACAAUGUUCUUGAAAUCAUGUCAGGAUUACCUCAUUGCAUUGUACUAGUACCAGCUAUACAUGUUUAAGAAUCUGUUUGAAGCCAAACAUGGUGGCRCACACUUAUAAUCCCAUCUGUUUGGGARGCUGAGGCAGGAAGAUCACAAGUUCCAGGGCCAGCCUGGGCAGCUUAGUGAAACCCUGUCUCAAAAUAAAAACUAAAAAGGGCUGGAGAUGUAAUUUACUGCUAGAGCACUUGCCUAGUAUGAAUGAAGCCCUGGCUUCAAUGUUCAGUACUGGGGGGAAAACAAUCUGAUUCCUUUUGGCAAGGAAUUGCAGAAAUAGGCUUUACCAACAUCAGUUAAAGUAAGAUGUGGGAGGAAUGGAGGUGUAGCUCAGUGGUAGCAAGGGCCUGAGUUCAAUACCCAGCAUGGACCAAAAAUAAGUAAAGUGGAAUGGGUUAGACUUUGGAAGGGAAGGGACAAAAUGCAACCUUUUCACUCAGAAAGGGCAAGUCAGUUGUAUUCUCUGAGUCUACCAAAGAGUUCUGGUAGAGGAGUGUGAAUGGAGUGUGGGUCUGUGUGUGUACAUAUAUGUACAUUCUAUGCUUUCUUCCAUGGUGUUAAUUAUGGCCCUUAAAGGCAUCCAAAAAAUACUGAGAAGUGAUCAUCGAUAUCUGGCACAAGUAAAUUCAGCUCCCUUUGCCCCAAACUCUCAAAGUUAGAACUGAAGUUGUUCUCAGUAGAAUUGAAGAAAAUUGGCAUUCAUUGCCUUAGCCUCCUUCCCAAAUAAGCAUCAUCUCAUCUCCAAAGUAAGAUUCAGUAGGGCUUAUCCUAAGGACUUGUGAGUAGUAACAGUAGUGACCAGACACUGCAAGACCUGCAAGACAUUACUUUGAAUGAGGGAACAUUAAAUAUCAGUUUCUAGGGAAUAGAAAACAAAUUUAAUAAAGGCCAAGGACCAUGUUUGUUCCGUGGAGAAAAGCUGAACUCCCUCCACUGACAGUAUUUGGAGUUGACAGAAUAAGAACGUCUAACCCCUAAGGAGUAUUGAGGUCAUCAAGCAUCAGAAAACAACAAUGUGCAAACAGUCUCAAAGACUGAACAAGGGAAAGGAAGGGGAAAGACCACAAUGUCAAUCUUAACAGUUCUCGCAAUACCUCUUAUUUGCAGACUAUUGGAUUUAUGUUGUUGCACUCUUGGUGUGAUCUAUCUCAUGUAUCUGAUAAUUUUUAUAAAUAAUUGA